AUGAAGGUUGAAGCUCUCAUGGGAAGAAGUGAUGAAGCAAUAUUGGGUUUUGAGAAGGUGUCAUCCAUCAUUCUUCAUGCUCGUGCGGUUGAUCCAUAUGUUGUUACAUACAUGGAUGAGUACCCAAUGCUUUUAAAGACAAAAUCAGAUAACUCCAAGCUAAACAGGUUGUUGCAUGAAUUGCUAAAUAUUGAUCCAGCAAGAGGAUCAAUAUUGUCAGUGCUGUGGGAUAGGAAUGAUGAUAAAGGUCGAGCUUUAUCUUAUGCAGAGAAGAGCCUCCGGAUUGAUGACAGAAAUGUACCUGGGUACAUUAUGAAGGGUAAUUUAUGUUUAUCAUUGAACAAACGAGAAGAAGCAGAUGGAGCUUUCAGAGCAGCACAAGAGUUGAGGCCUGAUCUUCGCUCCUAUCAAGGGUUGGUUCAAUCUUAUUUGACACUUUCCAAGGCAAAGGAUGCACUUUAUGCUGCUCGGGAGGCAAUGAAGGCCGUGCCUCAAUCUGCCAAAGCUUUGACAUUGGUUGGUGAUGUACAUGCAAGUCAUUCUGGUGGAAGAGAAAAGGCAAGGAAGUUUUAUGAAUCAGCACUUGAGUUGGAGUCUGGUUACCUUGGAGCUGUCUUAUCCUUAGCUGAUCUCCAUGUCAUUGAGGGACGAAAUGGAGAUGCCAUCUCUCUCCUUCAAAGGUACCUCAAAAACUGGGCAGAUGAUUCUCUCCACACCAAGCUGGCACAAGUAUUUGCUGCAAGUAAUAUGCUGACAGAAGCAUUAUCCCAUUAUGAAGAAGCAUUAAGGAUAAACCAACAUAAUGAGGCUGCGAAAAAAGGUCUGCUACGUAUGGAGAAGCAAAUGAAGGGGUUGGAUCCUGAUGACCCUGAUGAUGAUGAAGAUAAUGAAGUUGAAGAUGCUGAAGAUCCAGAAGAAGGGGAACUUCUAUUGAGAGGAAUCCUGUUAGCCAGCCAUCUGCCUGUUGGGGACGUUCCACAAGAUACCAUGUAUGGGAUCAUACUAUCCUGUCCAAGGAUGUAUGUAUGAGGUCUAACCUUGAAUGGUUGAGGAUGGUUUGGACUUCUAAUCAGAGCUUCAAUUCCACAGAGCAAGUUCAUGGCUGAAAUUGAUUCACCUCGUCUCAACUUGGUUCUGCAAGCUAAUGAACUGGACGUGGGCUGGCUGUAGGACUUCCAAGUCGGAGUAUGAAGAGUGCGUGUUU